AUGGGUAUCCUCGAAAUCGUUCCUGCUGGCGUCGUCACUGGUGACAACUUGCGCAAGCUUUUUGCUUAUGCCCGCGAGCACAAGUUCGCUAUCCCUGCUAUCAACUGCACUUCCACCAGCACCAUCAACGCUGCUUUGGAGGCUGCUCGUGACAUCAACUCGCCCAUCAUCAUCCAGUUCUCGCAAGGUGGCGCUGCCUUCGUUGCCGGUAAGGGUUUGACCAACAAGAACCAGGAGGCCUCCAUCAUUGGUGCCAUUGCUGGUGCUCAGUACGUCCGCGCUGUCGCCAAGGCCUAUGGCAUCCCCGUCAUCAUCCACUCUGAUCACUGUGCCAAGAAGCUCAUUCCCUGGUUCGAUGGCAUGUUGGCUGCUGAUGAGGAAUACUUCAAAGCUCACGGCGAACCCUUGUUCUCGUCGCACAUGUUGGACCUUUCAGAAGAAACCAAGGAAGAAAACAUCGAGAUCUGCUUGAAGUACUUGAAGCGCAUGGCACCCAUGGGCUGCUUGCUCGAGAUGGAGAUUGGCAUUACCGGUGGUGAGGAAGAUGGUGUCAACAAUGAAGGCGUUGACAAUGCUUCCCUUUACACUCAACCCGAGGAUAUCUGGGACAUUUUCAAGGCCUUCUCCGAAAUCACCGACUUGUUCUCGAUUGCUGCUGGUUUCGGUAACGUUCAUGGCGUCUAUGCUCCCGGUAACGUCCGUCUGCACCCUGAAUUGUUGGGCAAGCACCAGGCUUAUGUCCGCGAACAGUUGGGUGAUGCCAACGAGGAAGAGAAGCCCGUCUUUUUUGUCUUCCACGGUGGUUCCGGUUCUUCGGAGGAGGAAAUUGCCACUGCUGUCCAGAACGGCGUUGUCAAGAUGAACGUUGAUACCGACACCCAGUGGGCUUACUGGACUGGUCUGCGUGAUUUCUAUGAGAACAAGAAGGACUAUCUCCAAACCCAGGUCGGUAACCCCGAGGGUCCUCAGAAGCCUAACAAGAAGGUCUAUGAUCCCAGAGUCUGGAUCCGUGAAUCGGAGAAGACCAUGAUCCAACGCGUCAAGCAAGCCUGCAAGGACUUGGGCAAUGUUGAUACUCUGUAA